AAUGACAGUUAAAAAGCAAUAACCAAAUAAUCCAUCAUCCAGACUAGUAUGAAAACAAACAGGUGAUAAUGACCCAUGUGCAAAGAUUGAUUGAUGAAGCUCUUCAUGCAACAAAUCGUGCUAUUGAAUUUGAUAAAAAUGGCAAUCAUGAGGCAGCAGCAGCCUAUUAUUAUAGGGCCGCCGCAGAUUUAUUGGAUCAAGCCGUGGAAACAGUAACGGAUGAAACCAAUAAAGAACUGUGGGAAUCCAAAGCUGAUUCAUAUAGAAAACGUGCGAACAAAUUAGAACAAAUACAUGAUAGUCGUCAGCUCCCAAUUGCUCAAUCUUCUCAAGAUAAACAAUUAUCUCAAUGUUAUUUCUUAUUUGAUCAAGGAUUACUUGCAGACGAAGCUGGGGAUACUGAUAAAGCUGUAGAAUUUUACACUCAAGCCGUUGAAGCUGGUAUCGGAUUUAAAUGUGAUGAUGAAGAAGUAAUGAAAAAGAUUAAAACCAUUGCUUUGCAGGCAUUGGAAAGGGCUGAAAAGUUAAAAGGUAUCAAUACUGAAGAGAGUCAAAAGAGUGAAAGCUUAGAUUCUGUACCCAACAUACAAAAUUUAACGUUAAAACAAUCAACAACCGUCCAUAAAAAACCAGCCCUGCAUCGUGGUAGCAGUGCUCAUUUAGAAGUGACUGGCGGGGAUAAAGGUUAUUCAGAAGAGGAAAAACGAGUUUUAUUAUUAACAUCAGAAAUAAACGAAAUAAAAUAUGUACCGUUCAUGUCAAUGGAUUUAAAUGAACAAUUUCGUUACGCAAUACCAUUUACCGAUCGUGAUGGUAAAUUAGAAUUAGCUCCAAAACAAAAACGAGAUUUUAUUGAAUGGAUACGCCCAGAUGAUAUUAGCCCUGAUCCAAAAUUAAUUGCUGGACCUACCGUGGAUUGUUUUAGUAUUAAACAAACAGUCAUUUCAGAUUGUUCGUUUGUUGCAUCAUUGGCCGUAAGUGCACUUUACGAAAAGCGAUUUAAUCGUCCUCUAAUUACCUCUAUAAUUUAUCCACGAGAUAGUAAAAAUCGUCCAAUUUAUAAUCCAUUUGGUAAAUAUAUGAUAAAAUUACACAUAAAUGGUGUGCCUCGAAAAAUUAUAAUUGACGAUUAUUUACCAAUCGGACGUUAUAAUCAACUGUUAUGUUCGUAUUCAAGUAAAAAAAAUGAAUUUUGGGUAUCGUUAUUAGAAAAAGCAUACAUGAAAGUUAUGGGUGGAUAUGAUUUUCCUGGAUCAAAUAGUAAUAUUGAUUUACACGCUUUAACAGGCUGGAUUCCAGAAAGAAUAGCUAUACGUAAUAAUGAUCCAACCUUUAAUAAAGCAUCUAUAUUUCAAAUGUUAUUAACAAGAUUAUCUUCAGGGCAUGUUCUUUUAACUGUUGCUACAGGUGAAAUAUCUGACGCGGAAGCUAAUAGAUCAGGUUUAGUUUCUACACAUGCGUAUGCAGUACUUGAUAUAAAAGAAAUCGAUGGUAUACAACUAUUUCUACUAAAGAAUCCAUGGUCACAUGUUCGAUGGAAAGGAAAUUAUUCUGAAUUAGAUACAGUUCAUUGGAAUCCGAUGUUAAAAAGUAAAUUAUCAUAUGAUCCAUAUUCAGCUGCUGAAUUUGAUAAUGGUGUAUUUUGGAUUGAUUAUGAAAGUAUUUGUAAUUUUUUCGAUGUAUUUUAUUUAAGUUGGAAUCCUGAAAUAUUCCAGUAUACAUAUUGUAUUCAUCAGUCGUGGCAGGCAGGUACUGGUCCAAUACGUGAUGCGUAUAAUAUUGGUGAAAAUCCACAGUUUUCUUUAGAAGUUGAAGAAUCAUCGGGAGCGGUAUGGAUUCUAUUAACACGUCAUAUCAUGCAAAUUGAAGAUUUCAAGGAAAAUCGUGAAUAUAUUACUGUAUUAGUUUAUAAAAAUAAUGGAAAAAGGGUUUAUUAUCCUAACGAUCCAGAACCUUACAUUGAUGGAAUAAGAAUAAACAGUCCACAUUAUUUAUGUAAAAUAAAGUAUGGUCCAACAAAUCCUCGUAAAUAUACUCUGGUUGUAUCACAAUAUGAAAAGAUGAAUACGAUAUAUUACACUUUAAGAGCGUAUUCAACAAGUCCAUUCAAAUUGAAGAAAAUUGAAAAUCCAUAUAUAGUCAAAGAAACGGUAGCGGAUAAGUGGGAUAGCCGAACUGCUGGUGGUUGCCAAAAUCAUGUUACAUAUAAAAUGAAUCCUCGUUAUUCUGUUCUAGUCAAUUCAAAUUCGAAUAACAACAAAAUAUACAUUGAUUUAAAAGGACCUAAAGAAUAUCAAAUUGGAUUUGAUGUCACAAUAACGAAAGUGGACGAUGAGACGUUAACAGCUCCAUUUAAUACAAAAUCUUCAGGAGCUUUUAGAUCUGGAUUUGUGUAUAUGGAAAUUGUCGUUCCGGCAGGAAUUAUUGAUAUUAUUCCAUCAACAUAUCUACCAAACUGUGAAGGACCAUUUAUAUUAACUGUUAAGGCAUCAUGUCCAAUACAAAUAAAACGCUUGCAGUAACACUUUGCACUUCUAAUAAAAUGCUUUA